CUUCAGCGUUUCACUGAAGUCUCCUGAAUCUCAUCUGCCACUGUGUUGAAUCCUCACCCAUCACAAUGACCAACAAAUUCCUUGGCACCUGGAAACUUGUCUCCAGUGAGCACUUUGAUGAUUACAUGAAAGCUCUGGGCGUCAGAUUAGCCACCAGAAAACUGGGAAAUUUGGCCAAACCCAGAGUGAUCAUCAGCAAGAAAGGGGAUAUUAUAACCAUAAGAACAGAAAGUACCUUUAAAAAUACAGAGAUCUCCUUCAAGCUGGGCCAGGAAUUCGAAGAAACCACAGCUGACAAUAGGAAAGCAAAGAGCAUUUUAACCUUGUCGAGAGGCUCGUUGAAUCAAGUACAGAGAUGGGAUGACAAUGAGACAACAAUAAAGAGAAAGUUGGUGGAUGGAAAAAUGGUAGUGGAAUGUAAAAUGAAGGACGUGGUCUGCACCAGAAUUUAUGAGAAGGUCUGAGAAAAUCAUUUCCUCACUGAAGUGACAUUUCAUCAUUUGAAGUUGGAAAUCAACUGUUUCAUUGGCAAAGCCUGUCUACACUGCAGUUUGUUGGUUUCUUUUUGCUUUUGUCUUAAUAGAUCAGAUAGGCAAAUGCCUAAACUGAGGAUUAAUCUAAAAUUCAGUGUUACUUAAACAUUUUCAAUGGGUAUGCAAGUCUCUUCUCAAUUAAAGUAUGUAUAUUGGGCAGACCUAAAGGGUUGAUAAUGUCAUUUAAUUAUCUGUGAAAUUCUAACCUAUGUUGUACUUUGUAUGUUUGAAAUGGUCAUAAAAGGAAAGAAUAGGAUGGUAAAAGGAAGUAAGUAUAUUGAUUGGGGUAGCAAACUCAAAUCCCUUCAGGGGCCAGGAGAAUGAUGGGGGAGGAGGACCAGAAGUGAGGCAAGCUAGAAUAAGGAGCUGUUUUAAAAUAAGGAGUUCUAGCUUUACUCUGCUCCAGCCAACUUAAAAAUUGAGGGUUAAUUUAUGGACAGAGAAAUGCAGAUAUUAAAGAUAAAGUUUGAUCCAUUAUGACAAAUGAAUGCAGUCAUAUAAUUCACAUUCUGAUCCAGACAAAGUACAUUUCCCUAAUCCCAGGAUGUUUUCUUAUGCUCCUUUCCAGUCAAUGUCCUGCUCUAUCCUUGUUCCAAGAAAAGCAAGUAGUGAUGUAGUUUCUAUCACUGUAGAUUAGUUUUGCCUGUUCUCAAACUUCAUACAAAUGGAAGCAUACAUUAUGUAUUCUUUUCUGUUGCUUUUUUAAAGACAGCAUACUGUUUGUGAAAUUCAUCCAUAUUGUUGCAUGCUGCAGUAAUUUGUUCCUUUUUAUUGCUGAGUAGUGUUCCAUUGCAUGAAUAGAUCACAAUUUAUCCAUUCUCCUCUUAAGACAACUGAGCUAUUUCCAGUUUUCAGCUUCUAUGAAUAAAGCUGCUAUAAAACAUUCUUGUACAAGGCUGUUUGUGGAAAUAUGAAAUCUUUUUCUUUUAAAUAAAGAACUAGGCAUGGAAUCACUGGGUCCAGUAGAUUUUUUGACA